UUUGGAGCUACUGGAUUUACAGGAAAAUAUGCUGUAAAAAUAGCAGUACAAUUAGCUGUAGAAAAACAAAUGAAAUUUGGAGUGUCUGGACGCAGAAAGCAAGCUUUAGAAGCAAUUGUUAAAGAAUUUGCUUCUAAUAUUGAUGAUGUGCCUAUAUUUAUUGCUGAUUUGAAAGAUGAAGAAUCACUGAAAAAAAUGACAUCACAUGCAAAAGUCCUUAUUAAUUGUUGUGGCCCAUAUAGAUUUUAUGGAGAACCUAUUAUUAAAGCAUGUAUUGCCACACAUACUCAUCAAAUUGAUGUCAGUGGAGAACCCCAGUAUAUAGAAUAUAUUCAAUUAAAAUAUAAUAAAGCUGCAGAAGAAGCUGGUAUCUAUAUUAUAAGUGCAUGUGGAUUUGAUAGUAUACCAUGUGAUCUUGGUAUAAUUUUUACGCAACAAAAAUUUGAUGGUGAAGUCAAUUCUAUUGAAACUUAUUUAAAUUUAUGGUCAACCUCAAAAAUCAGUGGUGCUACUUUAAAUUAUGGAACAUAUGAAUCAGCUAUUUAUGGUAUAGCACAUUCUCAUGAAUUACGCGAAUUGCGCACUAAACUUUAUCCUGAAAAGUUACCUGAAUUAUGGCCAAAACUUAAAACAAGGGGUUUCAUUCAUAAAUCUUCUCUAUCAGAAGGAUGGUCUAUGAUAUUUCCAGGAGCUGAUCGUUCUGUAACUUUGCGUACUCAACGAUUUUUAUAUGAAAAAUAUAAACAACGACCAGCGCAAGUUCAAACUUAUUUCACACUUAAUUCUCUUUUUGCAGUAUUAACAACUACUAUUUUUGGUUUCAUAUUUUUAAUGUUAUCUAAAUACGAAUUUGGUCGUAAUUUGUUAUUGAAGUAUCCUACAUUUUUCUCUGGUGGAUAUGUAGGCUAUGAAAUGGCUAAACCAGAAGACCUUGAUAAAAUUAAGUUCUCCAUUACAUUUAAGGCAGAAGGAUGGACUGAAAAAUUAGUUGAACCUACUGAUAAGCAUAAAGAUCCACCAAACAAGGUAUUAAUUACCAAAGUCAGUGGAACUAAUCCUGGAUAUGGUGCUACAUGCACUAUGUUAUUGCUUUCUGCUAUAACAAUUCUCAAAGAAUCAGAUAAAAUACCUGUAAAUGGAGGAGUUUUAUCCCCUGGUGCUGCUUUUGGUAAAACAUCAUUAAUCGAAGAAUUAAUUAAAAAGGACAUAAAAUUCGAGGUUAUUUCUUCUAUUGAAAAAUUCUUUGGAAAGCAAAAGGACAAAAUAAGAUUAAUAACUGAAAAUAGAAAUUUUUCAACGACGUUCCACCUUUACUGCAUUGAUACUCCAAAAAGUUCCGAGGUGCACGUGAACCUACCGAUUGAAUCUGCUUCCCCAAUCAUGAACGGAAUUUCCAACCAAUGUACUAAAAUUAAGGAUCUAAAUAUAUAUGAUGACGAAGACAAACACACAAUGAUGAUAAAAAAACCGGGACCAUUAAGAACUGUUUCCUGGUCAGAGAACGUCGAGGAAAGUAACUUGGAUGUGCCAGGAACUCCUAGAACUCCGCGAACUUCCACAACGCCAGGUCACGAAAAAUGCACGUUUCACCACGAUUUGGAGCUAGAUCAUAGGCCACCCACGCGCGAAGCCCUUCUUCCGGAAAUGUCACGGAGUUACAAGUUACUUUUGAGCUCGCUUGGCGAGGACCCGAAUCGACCAGGUCUUUUGAAAACUCCGGAACGUGCCGCGAAAGCUAUGCUGUUUUUCACGAAGGGUUAUGAUCAAUGUAUCGAUGACAUUAUAAAUGAUGCAGUUUUCGAUGAAGAUCACGAUGAGAUGGUUGUAGUGAAGGACAUCGAGAUGUUCUCCAUGUGUGAACAUCAUUUAGUACCUUUCUAUGGGAAGGUGUCGAUCGGUUAUCUUCCUUGUAAAAAGAUCCUUGGUCUCAGUAAAUUAGCCAGGAUUGUAGAGAUCUUCAGCAGACGUCUUCAAGUGCAAGAACGUCUUACCAAACAAAUCGCGGUAGCGGUAACGAAAGCAGUGCAACCAGCAGGAGUGGCUGUAGUCGUCGAAGGAGUGCAUAUGUGUAUGGUGAUGAGAGGAGUGCAGAAAAUAAAUAGCAAGACAGUUACAUCAACGAUGCUUGGCGUAUUCCGGGAUGAUCCCAAGACUCGCGAGGAAUUCCUUAAUCUGGUUCAUAAUAAGUAAAUUUCUUUCUUCGAAGUAUGAUUUUUUAUUAUUGGCCAAGGGACCACUGUAUUUAAAAUGGCCCCCAAUACUUUUCUUCUUUUAACAUUUUUUUCAUACUGCUACCUCACUAGAAGGCGUCGAAAAACAGAUUGAUUUGAUGACGUGCUUUCUUGUAACAUUCCUUUUACUUUUUUAAGGAAUAUUUUGUACACAUAACAUUUUAAAAUAAUAUUUUUUUAUUUUAAUUACUUUUUCAUGUAAGGAUAGUCAUAUCGAUGUAAUAAAAUUGAACAAUGUUGUCUAAGACGUUUUUCAAGACACUCUUAAACUGCUGAUCGAAUGACACAAAGACAAUACGGUAAUUACAUAGGGAAAUUUUUCAUAAGUUUUACAAAUUAGUAUUUCUAUGUAAAGAAAAAUUUAUGAAUCAUUUCCCAAAAUGGUAUAUAUAUAUUUGAGAAAGUAUGUGAUAUUUUCGUUAUAUUAGAUAUCCAACAUUGCUAAUAAUAUAUAUAUAUUAAUAAUAUUAUUAUGCUGCUGGACCAGCUAUAAUUAUGUUUUUGAUUAUUGUUAUACUUUGCAAAUACUUUCAUAAUGUUAUUAAUAUAUACAGAAAAUGACUAAAUAGCAUUUAAAAACGUCUUUGGUAAAAUAAUUGCGCCGUUUAUGAAAAUAAACUUAAAAAAUUUCGAGACCGAGAUUUCUCGAUCGGUAUGAAUUGAACGAUUGCCAGAACACUUUCAACCAAUGGCCUCGUAAUUCGUGACAAUACAUAUUUUAGAUUCUAUACUAUGCGAUUCUGACUGAAAAGUGUUCGCAUCGCGAUAUAUCAUGCCAAACGAGAAACACAGAUAAGCCUAUUAUAUUUUAGAAAUAAUUUCUCAUGACGAAUAAACGAUAAAUCUUUUGAUUUCGUUAUCGUUUUCAGCUUGUAAAACGUUAACAGCCAUACGUUUUACAACACAAAAUGUUUUAAUAUUGAUUUUUUUCUAUUUUUUAAUUUUUUAUUGUAUACGAAUAUAAUUAUUUAGUUACAAAUGAAUGUUAUUUAAAAUAUUACAAUACAAAAUUAAUAUAUUAUUAUAUAUGUUCAUAAUUCUUUUUAAGAAUAUAUAAAAUAUUUUAUGAAAGAAAAUAGUAAUUUUGACAUAUUUUACUAUUCAAUGUGUAUCAGAAAAUGUUCAAAAAUU